UUCCAUCGGUUUUGUAAACGUCAUCUAGCUUCAAACGUGCAUAAGAAGUUUAAAAACAUAGCGGUUAAGAACUUAUUUGGAAAAGCUUCUGAACAGACAAAGAUUCGGAAGUAUAAUUUCUACAUGAAUCGCCUUAAAGAGCUUAAUGAGGACGCGUACAAGUACUUAGUGGAUGGUUCUAUUCCCGAGCGCCAAUGGACUUUGAUUCAUGACGGUGGGCAUCGAUAUGGAGUGAGAACUACAAACAUGUCUGAAGCGUUCAACGGCGUUAUGAAAGGGGCCAGGUCACUCCCAAUCACUUCAUUAGUUAGGAUGACAUUCUACCGGGUAAACGAAUACUUUGCCACAAGGAGGGAUUUAGGGAGAAGCAGAUUAGAUAGUGGACAUGUGUAUGCAAAGAAACCAAGUGAUACGAUUGAUAAGAAUGCUGAAAAAGCACGCUUUCAUGAUGUUAGGAUAUAUGACACAGUGCGUGGGAUAUUCGAGGUCACCACUGGUUGUGGCAAUAGGAUAGCAGGAAAAGGUGGAAAAUCCUACAUGGUUGACCUCACAGCAACAUCAUGCACAUGUCAGAAACCAACCAUCUUCAAGUUACCGUGCUCACAUGUUCUUGCAGUAUGUCGAGCUCGUAACAUAUCGUACGAUGCUUUUGUGGACCCUUCAUUUCGCACUACAAAAUACGUAUCGACAUAUAAGAAGUCUUUCAUGCCCGUUCCAGACAUGUUCACUUGCGAUCCUUGGAAUGGUCCUACAGUUGUUCCAGAUCCCUCAACGAAGCGUGCAAAGGGUCGUCCGCGAUCAACUCGUAUACGGAACGAAAUGGAUGCACCGUUGAAGCGUCCUCGUAACUCGUGUACCUUUUGUGGAUGUACUGGUCAUAAUAAGAAAACAUGCCCUCGAAGGUCAACAAACGAUCAUGGCGAUGUCGGGCCCAGUAGCGGAGGUUGACGAGUUCACACCAUCUCAUCGACCGGUGUGCAAAACAAAAGGGGUCGGGGGUUAUAGUUUAACAAGCUUUGUAUAUUCUUAUACGACUUGAACUUCUUGUAUGAGUUUCCAUAAUUGUAACAUAUCUUUGCAUUAGUUUCAUAAUUA